UGUAGCUCAGCCUCAGAGAGAAACACCACCUGCUCACCUGGCACAGCUGUUAGCCUCACCUGCUCAGAGCCUGUCAGGCUGGAGGGAGGGUCCAGUCGCUGUGAGGGAGACCUGGAGGUGAGAGGUCAGGGAGAAUGGAGACCAGUGGUUGCUCUUAGUGAGGAAUGGGACCUGGAGAUAGCAGAAGUCGCCUGCAGAGAGCUCGGCUGUGGCUCUGCUGUUUCUGUAGGACAGAGAGAGGAGUCCUCAGUGAGACCUGUGUGGAUGAUCAAUCCUUACUGUCUUGAUUCUGAAUCUGCUCUGAGGGACUGUGCGAUAUCACUUCCCUCUGCUUCCAUCCUGAAUAUCACCUGCUCAGACCUGCUGCUUCAGCCCAGCAUCUCUGUGUCCUCCUCCAUGUACGGGGUCUCCGGGGCCCAGCAGCAGGGGGUCCAGGUGUUCAGAGGCUCCACCUUCAGCAUCAGCUGCUCCAUCCAGCCUCAGUACCCAGGAGGCUCCUUCCUGCUCAGCUCCUCCACUCACAACUACACCCAGCCAGCUGUCAAUCACAGCGCCCACUUCCUGUUCCCGGGUGCAGAGCCCGCCCACCAGGGAAACUACAGCUGUGUUUAUCACCUGUUGGUUCGCUCUCAUAACUUCUCCUCUGAGAGCCGUCUGCUGUCUGUCACUGUCUCAGAUCCCCCACCUCUGAUCCUCCGAGCCGUCGUCCUGCUGAUGGUUCAGCUGCUGACUCUGCUGCUGGCCAGCGGCCUUUACUUCGUCUGCAAGGCCACCAGGGGGCAGCCUGACAGACAGGAGGACAUGGAGCUGCAGGAAGUGAACCUGGCUGUCAUGUCUCUGCAGGCCACCAGGGGGCAGCCUGACAGACAGGAGGACAUGGAGCUGCAGGAAGUGAUCCUGGCUGUUCCUGCAGAGGAAGAGUAGCAGCUCCUCCCGACACUCACAUAUAUCUAGCUGAUCCCAUCAUAUAAAGCAUAGGAUCAUUCAGCCCCUGCUCUGAGAUACUUUUUGGAAAUGUUCUCAAUUUUAACAUUUUCUCAACAUUUUAACAUUUUCUCAAAAUGUCCGACUUUUUCUCAAAAUGUCUGACUUUAGCAUUUUAGAGUUUUUGCUUGAUUUUAGGAAGAUUUGAGUUUUGUAGUUAAAUAAACUUCAGGUUAGAUUUUGAUGUUCAGAAAAAAAAAAUUACAUUUUGUUCUCGACAAAUGAUCAAACAUUUAUUUUGUACCUAUUUUUUUAUCUUAAACAGUUUUUUGUUUGUUUUAUAAGAAUUUACCAAAACUCUGUUCUUAAAACUUUUGCAUAUUUUUUGUAUAAUUAAGGAUUUUGCUUAUUUUAUAACAACUUUGCUUAUUCUUUGCUUAUUUGAAAAGAGUUUUUCUCCGUUUUGAACCAAAGGAAUAUUAAUUUUAAAUAAUGAAUUUAAACAUUUGUCUGAAUUGAUGAGAAAGUGUAAUUGGAGAGGAAGGGUCUGAUAUAUAUGAAGAGGUCAAUCAGGUUAGAUAUAAUGAGGGAACAUGGAGAGAGACGUAUAAUGAUGAGAACAUGUGAAUAAAUGAAGCCCUGCACACAGACCUGAGAUCAGAUAUCAACAGAGAUCACAGAGACUAUUUUCUAUGUUCAAUCAAAUAAACGGUGAAACUCU